CGUAAGCACAUUCUCAUUCAGCAGCAGUCGAUGACAGUAGUCACAAGUUACAGUAGAAUGGAAUACGUCGACGACAACCACCGGCUGGUUCAACCGGAUCAGCAAAGAGAAGGUCUAGCCAAACGCAUCCGCAAGAUGUGGUAUCUGGCGUUGGUUUUUUUCUUCGUGGCUUGGAUGGUUUUGGUGGGAACAUUUUCCCGGUUAAUCUGGACCUGGACUAGUUCGGCAGUCACUUCCGGUGAGACGGUGGUUUUUCGAGUUGCUUCAGCUGAAGGAAUUAUUAAAUCUUUGCUGAGUUCCAAUAACACUUCAAAGGGGAGAUUUCCACUAACCUGUUCGCUAAGCAACGACGAAGUUGUGCUAAUGGAUGUUGGAGAAACCGGAAAUAUGGAAAUUGGUCUGUUUCAGGAUAAUCGAGGCAUGCAGAGGAUGAUCUUGGAUGGAUCCAACAGAAGAAUGAAGCGAUAUGCCGGUGAAUGUAUGGUGGUUUAUUUGAAAAUUAUGAAACAUUACACCGAGAUCAAUGGAUUGAUUGCUGAAAUUUCGCUGCCCCAGGGAGAAAUCUACGACAACUGGCUUUGGUUGUCAGUUAUGUAUCGAAAUUCAUCCAUUCAAUAUGGUCCCACGGUUGAACGUUGGCGAAUUAAAGGUGGUCCCGUUGAGGAGGUCGAAGAAGUGGACCAACGUUUGUCACCGAAUUAAGGGAAAUCUUGACAAUUAUCCUGCCGGUGUUUCUUGCUUUCAAUGUGGCAAUGUCUAGACUUAAGCUUUAAAUGUUGAAGGUCAUUUAUUACUUUACCUGAUAAACACUAGUCAAAUAUUUUUAAGUUCGACUAAUCGAACUUGAAAACUUCAUAUGUAU